AUGGUCAUGGUCGGUGACCCAAAGCUGAAAGAUGCUAACCGCGAAGAAUGGUCGAGUCUCGUGCGAAAGUUCCUUCUGCUGUCCUCGAAUCAACUUCCUCAAGAUAUAUGUAGUCAACAAGCGCUCUGCUGUCUGAAAGCUAUUUCCGAUCGCUUCGAGGAGAUAACACUUUAUUCCCGACUAUUUCACAUCUCGUCCUCAUCUGUCAAGUCAAAACCAUUCUUCCGUCGCAGUGAAACGAAAUACGAGGGCUGCGUGUGUGAUGGCAGUGUUACGGUUCGGAAGUGGACGACUGCGGAUUUGGACGAGGACCUGUCUGAAGAUGAGGGUGAGCAGAAGCAAUGUGUCUUCCACUCUCAGAGUAAGUAUCGUCGCAAGUUUGACAUGAUUGCUGCGAAUCAAUGGGAGCCUCGGCCGAAAAUCACGGACACUGGUACUCAGCCAUUUAAGAGUCUGGAGGAUCACCAUUCUCUCAGUGAAUCAAAACUUGAAGUAAUUCCAAGUGCAGCAUUUCCAUUGUCGGACGACAAAUUGAACUUCGGUUCACCUCUUCCACUGGCAGUAGACCACGAGUCGAACGGUAUAAUAUAUAACGACUCGGAGGACAGCAUCACUGAGGUCGACAUUUCAGUCGGAUCAAGCGAGGAGAUCAAUGGCGAAAAUGCAAGGUGCAGCAGUCCGAACAAAGACAAGAUGCCAGACGAAAUUUUCCGCAGCAUUACAGACCCACGGACAGCUGGAUUUGAGGCCUCUAAUGGACCAAAUCAUGACACAGAUGACAAAGAUGAUGGAAUUGUAGAAGAUACGUUGCGAACAGCAUCAGGGCGGUCUCUUCCCCUUCAGAUUAGAUUGCCAGAUUCGUUGCCUAAUUUUUGCGGACGGGACGGAAUUUUGGAAUCCCUACGAUCAUACUUCAGUCAUGAGGAGGAAACGGGACAAGAGGUCACGAAACUUCGUGAACAAAAAGCCGCCAUUCUGACAGGCACGGCAGGGAUUGGUAAGACAGCGGUCGCCCGCGAGUACGUCCACCGACACGGGCUGCAGUUUAGCUCUGUGAUGUGGGUACAGGCUAGCCAUCGACAGAGUAUCGCCCAGUCUUUCCACGAGAUUGCUUUUGCUCUCCAUUUGAUUGAAGGUCGCAAGGAACACAGCCAUGCGCAGAGUCGCGCCAGACUUACAACAUGGCUGACGGAAACCGAGUCCAACUGGCUGUUGAUCUUUGAUGAUGCCGAUGAGAUUGAUGCUGUAAUAACUUAUUUCCCGCGCUGUGCCCAUGGCAACGUUCUCAUCACUAGUCGGUCAGCGGAUACUAGUCUUCUCCCGGGCAACCCUUUAACUGAGUUUCAAGUGACGCCCUUCAGCGAGGAGGAAGAGGGUGAAUUGGUGCAUGCGAUCACUGGUCUCCCUCAAGAGGAAAUCAAAGAUCUCGGUUUAGUUCACCUAUUUGGGGGUAAUCCACUUUCAUUGACCAUGAUUGCCGGAGCAAUACAGACAGGGUCACAACUUCGCAACAGACAAAAUGAUCUUCGUGAUGGCUUUAUAAAGAGCCUCCUGAAUGAUGUCACUGGUAUAAUCUCUCGGCUGAAACGGCGUGAUGUUCCUCCUUUGAUGAAUGAACUGCUGCUUUCUUGUUGGCAAAUGGAACAGCUUCCACCCGAAGCUAGAAGCUUUUGCAGUGUGAUGUCCUAUCUCGAUCCCUAUGACACCCCGGAAUCAACACUACUCCAAGCGCAACGACUCCGUCCUAAGAUCCGAGCAUUUCCGAUUACAGAUGAAAGCUUUGAAAAAGCCAAAUUUGAGUGCGUGAGAAACAGAGUCUGCGAUGCUGACAGCUCCCGUACUUCCCUACGAAUGCAUCGAGUGAUUCAGUCCGCUGUGCGGGAGUAUUUGAUCAAUGCCCAGCAACAGGAAAAUGCAUUUACCACAGCAGUACAGUUGCUUCUUGCACAGUGGCCUUCUCAGAGAAAGUUCAAGAAUGUUGUGUUUGGCUACUGGCCAGAAUUCUCUCGCAUUCACACUCAAUGCUACCGUCUGUCGGAAGUCGCCGCAUCAACCCUAAUGACACCUGAGCAUUAUGCUCCCUUCAUCAAACUCAUCCUCCAAUGUGCCUGGUAG